UGGGAACCAUUGGAUAGGGGGACAACCCAUCCAAUGGUUCAAGUUGUGCAGUUCAGUCCAGACUGCACAACAAAUUUUUGUAAAGAUUCAAUUAGAAGUUCAGGACAUGCAGGCAGCAAAGUUCCAAUAGCUACUGCCACUGAAGAAAAAGGUCCAGCAAAGGCAGCCAGUUCUGCUCCUUCAACUAAAAAGACCACAACCUUUUCAGAUAGACAGUUGGAAAGAACCAACACUUUUCCCUCCAGAACUCCAUCAAAACCUGAUUUGCCUUCUACUAAGCCUAUAAACCCUGAUGUCACUGCCAUAAAACAGGAACGUGGAGCAACAAAUGCUGAUAUGUCUACCAUUAAAAAUGGAUCUGCAGCACAAAAGACUGAUAUCCGUGCCAUUAAACCUGAUCAGCCUCAAGCCAUUAAACGAGGAACACAAAUUAGUGAAACUCAAAAACAGAGCUCGCGUGGACCUGCAAUAGGAGAAACAGAAGCAAGCACUUGGGAGACAGCUCAAAUGGUUAAGAUCAAAGAACGGUAUCAGAAGUUAAAUGGAACUAUAUCUGAAUGGGAGCACAAAAAGAAGACAAAAGCCAAAAACAAAUUGCACAAAACAGAGGGUGAAUUGGAGCAAAGAAGAGCAGAAGCUUUGAAAAAAUUUCAAAAUGAGAUGGAAUACAUCAAGCAGGUUGUAGAGGGGGCAAGAGCACAGGCAGAGAAGAGACAAAGAAAUGAUGAACUUAAAGUUAGACAGAAAGCAAAUGUAAUCAGAACAACAGGAAGAGUUCCAAGGACAUGCUUCUGCCUUUAAAAGCAAUUUAACCAUCCUGCGUUACAAGCUUGCAAGAUAAAAGUUAAAUGUUGAAGAAAUGUAAAUAUUACCUUGCCUCACUAUAUUCAAAAUGUAAAUUACUUGACUAUUAUCACACUCAGAAGAACAAUUAUACAAAAUUUCAAGCAACUUUCAGAGAAAUACCAAUUAUCUCCACCAAUUUGGAAUGAUAUAAAAAUAGAUAAAAGCA